AUGUCCGAAAUAGUGUACAACGUGGAUCCCUCGUGGAUCUACCGCCCACGCCACCUGGUCCCACUGGUUCUCUACGUGUCGCUCCUCGUUUGCGUCUCGAAAAAGGUGUCCGAUUACUUUUGCGGCGGACUUCUGGACGGCAUUUAUUCGCGUCGAUGCGCCUACAAACCGAUUCUCGACGCGAAACUCUUUUUCGUGCUCACCUUCGCCGUCAACUACAUCGCCACCCUCUGGUCGUGGUCUCUGGCUUUCCCCUUUUAUGAAUCUGUGAGUUGGAACACAGAAACUAGUUGCAAAGUGUCCAGUUGCAGAGUGUCCAUGCCCUGCAAUCAGUGGACACUUUGAAACUUUAACUAGUCCUCAUCAGAGAUGUUGGGAAUUCCGUGUUCCGUGUUCCGUGUUCCGUGUUCCGCGUUUUUUUGCAAUAUUUUUUCCGUGUUCCGUGUUCCGUAAAAAAAAAAUUUCCGUGUUCCGUGUUCCGUGUUCCGUAGAAAUAAGUUUUUUCCGUUUUCCGUGUUCCGUGUUCCGUAUAAACUAUGUUUUCCGCGGAAAAAUUCGAUCACAAAUUUUAUUUUUUUCACUAUUAUUUUGAUUAGGACAGUUGACGUUUUGUGGUCAAAAUUUGAAAAUUUUCGGAUUUGGACCAUAUUCGUGAAAAGUGGAUUCCAUUUUCAGUCGUUUUUUACUGUAGUUGUUUACUGUUGUGUUGUUGGUUUUGUUAUUUUUAUGAAAUUUUCAGUAAAACUUUCACAUGAGUCAAACAGCUGCCUUGUCAGUCAGAUAAUCGAAUUAAACAAAACAUUAUUUUUUUUAAAAUCACUGGAAUUCUCUUGAAAACGCUUUUUUCCGUGUUCCGUAAAAAAAAAUUUCCGUUUUCCGUGUUCCGUAGAGUAAAAUUUUUAUUCCCAACAUCUCUGGUCCUCAUGAAACAACUUUGCAAAUGGACAUUUUGCUACCAAACUCAUGAAUAUACAAUAGUCCUAGUUGCCAACACUUUCAGGUGAUCCCAAUGAAAUCCUCGAUCGACAUGAUCGCCGUGCACCUGGUCCCCGCGCUCACCUUCAUCUCCUCGCACCACUGGCGCCAUCUCGAACCGUGCGAGUUCCGUCACGAGCCGCCGGGAACCGCCGUCUGGCACAAACGCGUCUUCUUCUUCGCAAUGUGCUACCUGUCGGCGCUGAAACUCGACAUUUUCGGCACGCGAAUCGCCGCGUGGCCCAACCUCGUUCCCUCAGUGUUCACCUUCCUCAACUGCUGGAUCGCCUUCUACCGCUACGGUCGAUUCGGCGCCGCCACAAAGUUCCGUGUGCUGGACCCGGAGACCGGCGAUCUCAUGGCGUUUGUGUGUGUGACUCGCGACGGGGACCAUCGCUUCCGAGCCGUUCGAGCGUUGAGAGUGCCGCCGCCCGUCCGCGUGCACAUUUCCGCAAACUUUCUGAGUUUGUGUCCGCAACCGUCGGCACCGCACUCACAAUAUUCGUUCGAUAUUCUCGUGUGA